AUGAUAUUAGUUAUCUUUUUAAGUAAUUCGUUAAUUUCUUGUUUAUUGUUUAUUGAUGAAUGUCUUCCUAUUUUUUCUAAAAAAGAUGAUGACUUUGAUUUUAUUAAUGGUGUUAUUAUAGUUAUGUCUAUAUCUGAUGAAAACACCAUUAAUCCAGAUUGGAAACUUCCAAAUUUCUCCACUUUUACAUUAAGUUCUACUUCUAUUACUUCUUUUAUUCUUGUAAAUAUAGAAUUUCUUAUUUCAUUUCUUUUGUUGUUAAUUUGA